AUGGAGAAUAAGGACCUUUCAGAAGAGGAUUUCAUUAACGGAAAACUGAUCGGCAAUACCAAAACGGAGGUCGCUGCGGAGGAGGAGCUACCAAUUAAAGAAGAGACUCCUCCUCUUCCUCCUCAAGCUGAUGGCAAUGAAGCUCCUGAUCAAACCACCAUAAAGAAGGCCUCCGAAGAAAUCGUUCGGUUCGUCAACGACGACGCGUCGAUCGAGGCCGUGCCUGCAGAUUCCGUCAUCAACGAGUUCCUGGACCUCGUCGAAGAAAAGAUCACGAAGCGCGAAUCAAAUAAGAAAUAUAAUCAUUGCGAGACAGCAUUUCUGGAAUCUGUAAACAGAGUAUCAAAGCUGCACAAGCAGUUAAAUGUCGUUAAUUCCAAAUCGGAGGAGAAUAGUAUUUCUCUGAUUAAUCGCAUCGGAAGCGUCCAACAGCGUGCCAUGGCGUAUCUCCAAGAAGAAUUCCGAUCGCUUCUCGAAGAUUCCAAGACCGUUGAAGAUUCGGAUAAUAUUAAUAGCGAUGCUGGCGACAAUAUUAAGAAUAAUAAUUCGGAUGAUCAAAGUACUACAAUAUUCCCGGGGUAUACUCGCGACGUCGUUUUAAGCAUGAACAAGAUCGCGAAGGAGAUGAUUUUCGGAGGAUAUGAGUCAGAAUGCUGCGAGGUUUACAUGAUCGCGAGGAGGAACGCGCUGGAGGAGAUCUUGCAGAGCUUGGGAUUCGAGAAGAUCACCAUCGACGAUGUUCAGAAGAUGCACUGGGAAUCCCUCGAGAGAGAGAUCGUCCCUGCCUGGAUCAACACCUUCAGGCAAUGCGCGACCGUCCAUUUUGCGGAGGAGCGGAGCCUGGCGGAGGCAGUGUUUUCCGAUCAUAACCCAUCGAUUGCGGCGAGUCUGUUCAGCAACCUAGCCAGAGGAGUGGUAAUACAGCUUCUGGAUUUCUCGGAGGGCAUCGCGAUGUCGAAGCGCUCGGCGGAGAAGCUGUUCAAGACGCUGGACAUGUACGAGACCUUGCGCGACAUGGUUCCAAAGAUGGACGGCCUCUUCCCAGCCGACGAGUGCGCCGCCGAGCUCAGUACGGAGACCUCCCUGGCCCGGUCCCGCCUCGGCGAGGCCGCAAUAUGCAUAUUCUGCGAUUUGGAGAACUCGAUCAAAGCCGACACGGGGAGAACUCCGGUGCCCGGCGGUGCGGUUCAUCCGCUGACGCGCUACACCAUAAAUUACCUCAAGUACGCCUGCGAGUACAAAGACACGAUUGAGCAAGUCUUCAAGGAACAUUCCAAAACCGAUGACCGAAAAGAUGACGAAGUAUCGCCGUUUUCGGUCCAGCUGAUUAGAGUAAUGGAUCUGCUGGACUCGAACCUAGAAACGAAAUCAAAGGUGUACAAGGACGUCGCGCUGAGCUCGAUCUUCAUGAUGAACAACGGACGGUACAUAUUACAGAAGAUCAAGACCUCGGCGGAGAUCAACGGUUUGAUGGGGGACACGUGGUGCCGAAGGAAGUCGUCGGAGCUGAGGCAGUUCCACAAGAACUAUCAGAGAGAGACGUGGAGCAAACUCCUGGGGUGUUUGAGUCACGAGGGACUGAACGUGGUAAACGGGAAAGUGGCGAAAAAGCCGGUGCUGAAGGAGAGGUUCAAGAGCUUCAACGCGAUGUUCGAGGAGAUUCAUCGGACGCAGAGUUCGUGGGUGGUGAGCGACGAGCAGCUGCAGUCGGAGCUUAGGGUGUCGAUAACGGCGGUGGUGAUUCCGGCGUACAGGGCGUUCUUGGGGAGGUUCUCGCAGUACUUGGAUCCGGGAAGGCAGACGGAGAAGUAUGUCAAGUUUCAGCCUGAGGAUUUGGAGAACUACAUUGAUGAGCUUUUUGAUGGGAACACCACGCCUAUGGCAAGGAGGAAACAGUGA